AUGGAAAUAGUUUGCUCAGAAAUUGGAUGCACUUCUAGUCCUUUUAUUAAAUGCUUUUGCUCUGAUGAAUUGCUUUUUUUUUGUAAAACCCAUAUGAUGGAUCACAUUAACAAUGUCAAUAAACCUCACUGUUAUGAAAAAAUAAAAAUUCUGAGCCAAGAGGAAACUAAAAAUGAUAGAAUUAAGGCUUUUAAAGACGUUUAUAAUAAUUUACAUUCGAUAAAAUCAAAACUUACGCAAAAGGUAGAAGCACUUUAUCAGCCAAAAAUAAAUAAACUCUAUGGAAAAAUUGAUUCUGACAUUGAGGAGGUAAGCAGUAUUUUGGAAUAUUUAGAGACAGAUCAAAAUCAAAAUUUUUAUGAAAAUUUCAGGUGUACUUUUGAAGAAAGCUUAUCAAAAUACCAAAAUAAUUCAAAAUUAUCAGAUAAUGAAGUCAAUUUUAUUGAAGAUUUUGCAAUAUUAACUAAAGAAAACGCUUGAAGGUAUCAGAUAGGAGAAGAAGAAAAAGAUUCAGACUACAGAAAGCUUAGCUUAAAUUAAAAAGUCUAAUCUAGACGAGCUGAUGAACUUGUUGCAGGGAGUCUCCCUUUAAUUAUUUUCUGCUUCUAAGACUUACUAUGAGAUCAUUAUUUCUUAUAGUUACUGACAACGAAUAGCACCAUUUAAACUGAAUGAAUUUUUUUUCUCUAGCAGGAGACAAACAGUGCUGGGCAGAGAACAAAAUUCAACGAUAGCAGAAAAUCUAGCAAUUUAUAAUCAUUUUGCUGGUUUUAGCUGCAGCAAGAUCUCCAAAAGACUAUAUCUGAGAAAUAAUGGGCUGGCAGCACUAUUUAUUUAUAUAGAGAACAAAAAGCUUAUUUCUGAAACCACACCAUUUAAAUUAGAUGAGCUUUAUUCUUACGCAAUUUUAAGAUUUUUGGAUUAUUUUGAAGCAGGUACCCUCUCAAAUAGUUUUUUUAACUUAACCAAUUUUUGUGAUAAAGAAAAGAUCCUUCUCUAUACCGUUGAAAAAUUGACUGAUGACCAUAAAAAACUGCUUUAUAAUAUUGUCCUUAUGACAAGAUGAAAUAAAAAUUUGGCUCAAGCCGGCUCUAAUUCUAUGUCGAUUUUAAUUAAAGCAGAGCAUCGUUUUGAUAGGGAAGAUUUAUCUGGGAUUUGUAUACCUCAAGCAAAUUUGUCAAAUGGAGUAUUUUAUAAAACUAAUUUCAGUAAAGCAGACUUGAGCAAUUGUGUAUUAUCAUGUGCACAGUUUUUAGAUGUAACUUUAAAUAGAACUGCUUUACCAAAAAUUAAACCAAAUAAAGAAUUUCCCCGUAUAAAAGUGUACUCCGUAGCAAUUUCUCACAAUGGAGCAUGGGUCGCAAUUUGUCAAUAUGAUAGGAUUACUAUAUAUGAUGCAUAUACCUCAAAAAAGCAAAAAGAAUGCUACGAACAAUCCAUCAAUGAUUUUCUUCAAGUAGUCUCAUGGUCAUAUGAUGAUAGGUUUAUAGCCUCCUGCGACUGGCUUGGGACUGUUUUUAUUUGGGAAUGGGAUGAUUCCAGUGAGUUUAGCCAGUUAAUAUCUAAAAUUAUGCCAGCUCAAGGCUCAUUGACUAAAGUCUUAUGAGCGCCUAAUGACUAUAGGAUUGCAUCAUGCAGGACCAAUGGUACUAUAAAAAUAUGAGAUGCUUUUACAAACGAAACUAUUUUUGAAGAUCAAGAUGUAUUAAUAACUGUUUUGGCAUGAUCUAGUUCUGGAAAAUAUUUGGCGUAUUAUUGUGCAAACGAAAUUAUAAGAAUACUGGACUCAGAAACUAGAAGGAAGGAUUUUAAUAUAAAAACUAGUAAAUUGUACGCACUAGAAUGGAUUUACAAUGAAAAAUACUUAUAUAAAUUAAAAAAACUUCUAUUAAUUAGCAAAAAGCUUCUCUCGCUUUGUCAAAAUUAUUCAGCAUCUAAUUUAGAUUUAUGUCAAAAAAUUUUUGCAUUCAAAAUCACUUUUACAAGAAAAAAAUUGUCUAAUCUUUUAUGUCUUUUAUCUUAA